AGCGGGAGGCGGCGCCGGGCGGACGCGCAGCUCCUUCGGCGGUCCCAUGAACACCAUCAAGAACGUCCCGGCCCGCGUGCUGAGCCGCCGCGCCGGCCACAGCCUGGAGGCCGAGCGGGAGCAGUUCGACAAGAGCCAGGCUAUAAGCAUUAGCAAAGCCAUCAACACGCUGGAAGCGCCGGUGAAGGAGAAGCAUGCUCGCAGAAUUAUUCUAGGGACGCAUCAUGAGAAAGGUGCAUUUACUUUUUGGUCAUAUGCGAUUGGUCUCCCCCUGCCCAGCAGUGCCAUCCUGAGCUGGAAGUUCUGCCAUGUUCUCCACAAGGUCCUCCGAGAUGGUCAUCCAAAUGUUCUUCAGGACUGCCAGCGGUAUCGAAGUAACAUCCGGGAAACCGGAGACCUUUGGGGCCAUCUACACGAUCGUUACGGCCAGCUUGUGAAUAUUUAUACCAAACUUUUGCUGACCAAAAUCUCCUUCCACGUAAAGCAUCCUGAAUUCCCUCCUGGGCUUGAAGUCACCGACGAGGUGCUAGAAAAGGCUGCUGGAACAGAUGUGAAUAACAUCUUCCAGCUCACCGUUGAAAUGUUUGACUACAUGGAUUGUGAACUCAGAUUAUCAGAAUCAGUCUUCAGACAGCUCAACACCUCCAUGGCCAUCUCCCAGAUGUUGGCCGUUCAAUGCCGGUUGGCUCCGCUCAUCCAGGUGAUCCAAGAUUGCAGCCACCUCUACCAUUAUACCGUGAAGCUGAUGUUCAACCUCCAUUCAUGUUUGACAGCUGAUACAUUACAAGGACAUCGAGACAGGUUUCAUGAACAAUUUCGCAGCCUCAAAAACUUUUUCAAAAGAGCAUCGGACAUGCUGUAUUUCAAGCGGCUCAUGCAGAUCCCACGGCUGCCUGAGAACCCCCCCAAUUUUCUGAGGGCGUCUGCCCUGGCCGAACAUGUCAAGCCGGUGGUGGUGAUUCCGGAAGAGGCCCCCGAAGACGAAGAGGUAGAAAAUCUGAUUCAGAUCAGCGCAGCGCCAUCCGUAGAGCAGCAGAACACGUCGGAUAUCUUUGAACAGACUUUCGGGCCGCCCAACGGAUUAAAAGAUGACAGGGAUCUGCAAAUCGAAAAUCUGAAGAAAGAGAUUGAACUGCUUCAGACAGAGUUAGAGAGAAUUAAACUGGAGGCUCAAAGAUACAUCACUCAGCUGAAGGCUCAGGUGAACAGCUUGGAGGCCGAGGUGGAAGACCAGAGGAAGCAGAAGCAGAAAGCGAUGGUGGACAACGAGCAGCUCCGGGACGAGCUGGAGAGGUUGCAGAAAGCCAAACUUGAAGGAGAUAAGAAUCGAGGACUCUACCUGGAAGCAGAAAAGAAAGCCAGCACCACGGAAGUCCGCUACGCUAAGCUGAAGGAGAAACACAAUGAGUUAAUCAACACGCACGCGGAGCUUUUGAGAAAGAACGCAGAUACUGCCAAGCAGCUGACGGUCACCCAGCAGAGCCAGGAAGAGGUUGCACGGGUCAAGGAGCAGCUGGCUUUCCAGAUGGAACAAGCGAGGCGGGAGUCAGAAAUGAAGUUAGAAGACCAGACGCUUCAGAUGGAGCAGGUGAAGCGAGAGCUGGAAUCCAAAGCAGAAGAAUUGACCCAACUUCAGCAGUCGUUCAGCCGUUCUAAGCAGGUUGGUUCAGACCUCAGCAGCCAGCUGGAAGCCCUUCAGGCCGAGAAGGAGGCCCUGAGGAAAUCGGUCAACGAGAAGGAAUGCGAGCUCAUCUCCGCCAAGGGCUUGAUUCAGGAGAAGGAGCUGCUGCUGAACCAGGAAACAGAGAAUCGGGCGAAGGAAGUGCAGGAACUUCAGGAGAAGUUGGUAGAAAAGAAAAGUCAGGAACAGAAUCUGCAGCAGAAGCUCCUGGAGGACCAGUUCCAAAUCCUUCAAGGGAUGAUAAAGGAGGCCGAGAGCAUCAUCCAGGACGCCGUCGCCAAGCUGGACGACCCCUUGCACAUCCGAUGCACCAGUUCUCCAGAUUACCUCAUCAGCCGCGCCCAGGCAGCCCUGGAAUCGGUGAAUGCCUUGGAGAACGGGCACAAGCACUAUCUGGCCAACAUGGCGGAUGCCACUGGAUUGGUCGCCGCGUUGGCUCCGUUUGCACAUCUAGCAGCCGAUGUCAUCAUGAAUGGCAGCGCCACCUCCCACCUCGCGCCCACGGACCAUGCUGACAAAUUGACUGAAUCCUGCAGGGACUGUGGGCAACAUAGCCUGGACUACCUGAGCAAGCUAAAAGAUAGACAGUCUCUCCGAGAAGCGGAUCCAGCAGACCUGAGGACAACUCUGCAGCGGCUAUUCCAGCUAGGACAGGAACUGAGACCCAAAAGUUUAGACAUCCGGCAAGAAGAGCUAGGUGACCUGGUUGACAAAGAGAUGGCCUCCACUUCUGCAGCGGUUGAGGAUGCUGUCAGGAGAAUAGAGGAAAUGAUGAAUCAAGCCAGAGUAGAGAGCUCUGGGGUGAAACUAGAAGUUAAUGAAAGAAUCCUGAAUUCCUGCACAGAUUUAAUGAAGGCUAUCCGGCAGCUUGUAAAGACCUCCACGCAUUUGCAGAAGGAGAUUGUAGAAAGUGGAAGGGGGGCAGCAACACCCCAGGAAUUUUACGCCAAGAACUCCUGUUGGACGGAAGGCCUCAUUUCGGCAUCAAAAGCAGUUGGGUGGGGAGCAACUCAGCUGGUGGAAUCUGCAGACAGGGUAGUCCUGCACACCGGAAAAUACGAGGAGCUGAUUGUCUGUUCACACGAGAUCGCAGCUAGCACUGCCCAGCUCGUAGCUGCCUCCAAGGUGAAAGCAGAGAAGCACAGCAAGAACCUCGGCAAGCUCCAGGAAUGCUCGCGGACGGUCAACGAGAUGGCCGCUAACGUCAUGGCCUCCACGAAGUCCGGUCAAGAGCAGGUAGAAGAGAAAGACACCAUGGACUUCUCUGGGAUGUCCUUGAUCAAACUCAAGAAAGAGGAAAUGGAGACACAGGUGAAGGUUCUGGAGCUGGAGAAGACGCUGGAAAACGAGAGGCUGCGCCUCGGGGAGCUGAGGCGGCAGCAUUACGCCUUGGCUGGCCUUUACACGGAGAACGCCGAUGGAAGGAAGCCAGCGAUCGCCCGUAAGCCAGCAGCCUUGCAGAGGCCUGCCACGGCACAGCAGCCGGGCCAAACCAAGUCAGACCAGGAGCUGGCGCAGGAUGGACUCUACCAAGCACAUGUGGUUAACUUCUAAGGCCAAGUGGCCAAGCAUAGUAUAGGUAGUCCUUGACUUACGACAACAGGGACUGGAAAAGUUGUUGAGCGGCAGUCGUUAAAUGAGGCAUCACGUGACCACACUCAAUUUUGCAACAUUUUUUGUGGCAGUUGUUACGCAAAAUCAUGUGGUUCCCCAUUGAUUCUGCUUGUCAGGAGCUGGAUGGGAAGGUCACAGAUGAUGAUCACGCGGCCCUGGCACGCUGCAACCGUCAUAAAUACAUGCCGGCUGCCAAGUGCCCAAAUUUUGACCAUGUGACUGCAAGGACACUGUGGCUGUCAUAAGAGCAAGGACCAGUCGUAAGUCAUCUUUCCCAGCACCGUUGUAAUUUUGAAUGGUCACUAAACGAAUGGUCAUACGUCAAGGACUACCUGUAGAAGCAAGUGCCCGAAAAAUGGCUUUCCAACUUCUAAUCUGCCUGCCCUCAAGGAAUUCAACCCUUGAUCUGCUGGUCUUUCGCUGGGACCCUGAAACAUAGAUUUCUGGUGGAAGUCUAAGAUGUCAGCACCCUUCGGCCUAUCUACAGCAGGAGACACACAGGAGGGCCCGCCCCCAGUGUAGACAUUCCAACCCCUUUAAAUGUCUGUGUUUUAAACAGAUACCAGCUGGAUCUCUGUUGCCUUCCACCGCCUUGCUUUUAUUCUGAAACGUCUCUUCUGCCCACCAGUACCUAUGAGAAGGCAGAACCCUAACAGGAAAGGGAAUUAAGGCUUGCUGAUGUUAUUUAUAAGCAAUAGGAAUCAUUUGGGAAUUUUUGAGUAAAUAUUGGUGUAUCUAUUAUUCUAUGAAGAUGUUUUUAAAGAAAUGUGAAUUUCUGUGGCUACUGCCGUUGGUGGUUUAGAUGGUCCCUUGUAGUAUUUUAUGCUGCAGUCUGAAGCAAAAAAAAAAAGGGAGGUACCUUGGGAGGAAAAUUAAAUACCUUUUAGAGAUUUUAUAGUACACAUUUAAGAACUGAAUUUAUACACAGAAGGGGAAAAAACCUACAGUGGGUUUGAAGUCUCUUAAACCCUCACUUAGGAAUACAAUGCAAAAAAAAAGUCACCCCACUUAUAUCAGAAUUAAUCUUGAAGUAGCUGAGAUUUGGAGGAAGGGGCUUCUUCGCAAAGGAAAAGAGACUGGAUAGGAACUGUUCUUAACCAAACCUUACGAUUUAAAAUAACAUUUUCGCUUAUUAAAAUGAUUUAGCUGAAA